AAAAAAUUAAAAAAAUAAUUAAAAUAAAAAAAUUUUAAAAAAAUGAAGAAAUUUAGUGUCACCAUUUUACAACUCGCCAUCUUUGCGGUAUUCGUCAAAGAAGGACUUACCGUCAGAUGCUACAACUGCAACACAGACACACAUCCCGGAUGCGAGGAUCCCACAAAGGACGACUCUGGCAUAACUGCAGAGGUGUGUCGACCUUCAAAGCUUUCGGGCACAUCUGGAAAUUGGCUCGAGGAUUUAACUAAACUGGAUUUCUUUGAAGGAUCAAGUACUUUGAGCAUACCGAUGGUUUGUCAGAAAAUCGUAGCAACGCAAGCUGGAGGAAAACGUCAAAUUUAUCGCAGCUGCCAACUACACGGAGGAAAUACAAAUCCAUGCACGAUUUACAGUCAAAAGGCCAAAAACAAUCAGAACGAUAUCAAAAUUGAGGCAUGCGAAAUUUGCGAAGAAGACAUGUGUAAUGCCGCCCAAACGCUACAACAACACAAAACAACUACGUUUGGCAUAUUGAUUGCAACUCUGACUAUCCUCUUUGCAAGACAAUUUUCGGCGUAAUUUGAUUGGCAGUUUCUUCUCUUGUGUUGUGAUAAGUUUUUUAACGCUGAAACAGUUCAAAAUCCUUUUAAUGCCUUUAUUUUCCAACACACAAGCAAUCAAUGUCUUAACUUUGCAAUAUUUGUAAAACAAAAAAAAAUUAAGAAGAACACGAACAACGCCAAGCAAAUGCCUUCAAUGUUUUUAAGCAAUUUUCAUGUGUGUGAUUGUACUUUAAUUUUUUUUUGCAUUGAUUUUCAUUUGCACGAAAGAAAAAAAAGGUACAUACUUUGCUCAAUGAACAUUUUCAAUAAAUAUCAUUGUCAAAAAGGUCAAUUAUCGGUUUCAUGUCCUUCGUUUUCGUUCCAAAAAAAAAUGCGUUUCUGCAUAAAAUAAAACUUGAUUUAUCAAUGACGAUGUAGCUAAGUGAAGAUAAAAAAAGGAUAUUAAUAGCAAAUUCUAGUCAAUAUAUUAUAGAAAAAAAAUUAUGAAAUGAUUGCACAAU